AUGCGUCCUUACUCGCAAUUCAAUAGAGGCUACCACUAUAUACUCACUAUUAUCGAUGUGUUGAGCAAAUAUGCUGUACCGAUGAAGAGCAAGAGCGGUAAAGAAGCAGUGGCAGUGUUCGCCAGGAUAUUUCAAGAAUCUGGAAGAUGUCCGAAAAAUUUGCAAACGGACCAGGGAAAAGAAUUUUAUAAUGCGGAUCUGCAGAAACUCCUUAAAAAACACGGUAUUAAUCAUUAUUCUACGUACUCGGUAAUGAAGGCAUCUGUUGUGGAACGAUUCAAUCUCACGUUAAAGAACGACAUGUGGAAAGUGUUUACGUUGAAUGGAACAUACAAAUGGAUCGACUCGUUACCACACCUUAUCAUGGAGUACAACACACGGAAACAUCGAACUAUCGGCAUGCGUCCUAUCGAUGUGACACCCGAAAUCGCUGAUAAGCUCCUACACACAGUCUACAACAACGUAAAGAUCGCUGCGCCUGUGAGAUUCAAAGUGGGUGAUCUGACAACUAAACCAGCGAUCUAUCUGCUCGAGGAUUCUCGCGGAAAGUCUAUUGCCGGAGGAUUUUACGAAUACGAACUGCAUCGCGCUGCUAAUCUUGACGUUUAUCUCGUGGAAAAGGUAUUGCGAAAAAGCGGCGACAAGGUUUUAGUGAAAUGGUUGGAAUUUGAUAAUUCGCACAACUCUUGGAUACACAAAGAAAAUGUAUUGUAA